ACCUACUACUACCUAAAAAAGAUGUGACUGCUCUGAUCUGGGAACCGGACUGGCAUCCCUGGACUGUCUGCACACAAGAUACACUGGACAUGAAAGCACAAAAACUAUUAAAAAAGCAAUGAGUUCUUCGGAUAAAAAUGCUGACUACUUAGCUCAGCGAGUUGAGAGACUAGGCAUUCCUCGUAUUCCAGAAAGGCGAAGCUCAUUGCAGACUAACCGUGAUGGAAAAUCUACGUCUGCUGGCUCGGUGCGAACUGGAAAUCAGUUUCGUGAGCCACCUCCUAUCCCUACAGCUCAUCGUCCUUCGACUGGAUUAGAUGUGUACGUGGGAGAAGACUGUCAGGACUUACAAGAAGAAACCGAAUCUACAGAUUCUAUAUAUUAUAAUUGUUCUGCAACAACAGCGCUGGGACAAGGAUCUGCACCAAACUAUCAGCUGCCUGAUGAGCUGCAAGAAUCUAGUCCAGGGAGCCCUGUGUCGGGUUCUCGUGACUCUGCUCGUAAGACUAAUUUUGUGACUAAUGGAAGAUCCAAAAGUGUACAAAUUGGACGUUCAGGUCGAGGGGGAAGUCAAGGAAUUCCAUCUGAGAUAUUAAAAAGUCUGAGAAGGGCUGGAUCGGUAGGUGAGCUUCCUGAUGACGGGAUACCGGUGAAUCCACCACCCCAGCAUGGCUCAUCUGGUAGUACACAGUAUUUUGGAAAUAGUCAGAACCGUCCACCAUCUUGGUUUUGGGGUACCUUGACAAGGGUGGAAGCUGAUGAGAAACUGAAUGGUUUACCUGAUGGAACUUUCCUUGUUCGCAACUCUACCACUCCUGGCGAUUAUACUCUCACUGUCAAACAAGACGGGCAGAACAGAUGUUUGAAAAUCUACCAGAGGGAUGGACUCUUUGGCUUCAAGCUGACUGAUCUGAAGUUUGGCUCACUGAAUGGCCUGAUUGACCACCACACCAAGCACACAUUAGCAGAGUUCAACAGGCGGCUAACUACACAUCUCUUGUAUCCCAUCAGAAGGAUAGAGACGACGACUGUCAACUUGUACGAAGCUUUGUUCAUUCUGGCUAAUCGUGGAAGGCAGCUGUUCAAGGCUCGUCAAGAGUACACAAGGUUGAUGGAGCAACAGUUGAGUAUCAAUAAUGCUCUGCAGUUAGCGAUGAUGAAACAAAAAGCUUUAGAAACAGCACGUGACAUGUAUGAGCCCGCUCUUGGGUCAGAUUCAGGAAUGUCUGACUAUGAAGAUAUGAUACCUCUGACAGUGGAACAACAGAAAAUGCUAGAAAAGAGCAGGUCCCUGUCCAUGCAGAGACAUAUGAAGUUGUCUGAGCGUGUAAAACACGCACACGAAGAAAUGGAGCAUAAAGAGGAAGAACUGUACAUGAUUAUUCUUGCCAUCAACGAACACGCUACCAUAUUAGGAGAUCAAGAGGAGGACUGUGAGCGUAUUAAGGAGCAGUUGCUGGACUGUGGAGCCAAGCCCGAGUUUGUGGAGUGUCUCCUGGACAACCGGUACCUGGAGCACACCUGGGACCCGGCACUGUGGCUGGUCAAGUGCUCCAGGCAGGAAGCGGAGGCCAAGCUGAGAGAUGAGGACGUGGGGACGUUCAUCAUAAGGCCCAGGGGAGAGCCACAGAAGCCAUAUGCUUUGUCUGUUGUCUGUAGUAAAGAAGAAGGAACUCAAGAAGUGAAUCAUUGCUUCAUUUUCCACCCCAAGGGAGAAGGUUUUGGGUUCAGAGUUGAUGGUGCAGUGUUUGAAACCAUUGAGGAGUUGGUGGCCCGUCACGCCUACACAAACCUCAAGGUUUACUUCUCACACAUGGACACCCAGCUGGUGAGACCAGUGUUUGCUGCCAGGAGCAGGACAGUCACACAGAGUAGUGUCGAAGGAGCAGAGGAUAAUAUGUGACACCGAGAGAGUCACGCUUGUACAGUGUUUGAGUUUGUGAGUGGGUUGUUCAGGACCAGCACUACUUCUGAGGGUUUGGGGCUAUUGCUUGUUAACUGUGAGAAGGAUAAAUAUCUCUGAAAGCUGUUGAGGGGGUCAGUUGGGGUGGGGGUUUGUGUGGAAGGGGGCGGGGGGAACUAUGAGAGAUUCACAGUAUUAUAUUGGUGUUAUUGUGGCGUCUGUAGUCUAGUGGAUAGGCUACUGGAUAUGUAGCCUUGUAGCCUAAUUGUGAUGAUGCACGUUAGGAGGUUCAAGGCUCAGACCUGACACAGUGUCCUUGGGAAAGGUGCUUUGCAUGAGUUUUCUUAACUUCACCCAUGUGUGAAUGGGUACCAAGCCAUAGACAGCAAAAAGCAAAAGAUCUUGUCAGUGUGUUGAUGUUUGAGCGCCUGAAAAUGGCAGC